AUGGAUCUUGAAGACUUCAAGAAACUAAUUCUCAUUUGUUGCACUUCAGACGACAAUGAAAAUCAAAGUCGGCAAGAAGACGUUUAUAAUCAUCUAGUUCAACAAGAUAUUAACUCAGUAAUUCAACUGCACCUCCAAAUUAUUCAAGAAUUACCUUCGACUGUAGUUCAAAAAACUUCGGCAGUGUUACUAAAAAGGCUAAUAUUCAUCUGUAAAAACGAAAAUACAAGCAUUUUUACUGAAGAAUUCAUCAGUCAGAUAGCAGAAAUUCUUUUCCAUGUAAUAUCAAACAAUAAAUACAAUGAAAUAAUGCGCACACUAUCAUGUGAUAUCAUUAUUCUAGUCUGCCAGGCGUCCAAACAAAAUGGGAUCACCUAUGAUUUCAUUUCUCCUCUAUGGGAGCUUGCAAAUUCAUCUGAUGUAAGCGUUGUGUCUAAUUCCAUAUCUUGUUUGGCGCAAUUCAUAAAUAAUGGGCUAUUAUCCCUCGCAACCUACGUAAACCAACUCAACGAUUUAAUUUCGUCUAAAUUGUCAGUAGAAAAUCAAGACCCGAAUAUUACGCUUGCAGUUUUUAGAAUAAUAUAUUCGUCAUGUUCGAGCUUCGAUACUUCAGUUUAUAUAGAUUCGAUCGUAUCAGCGAUUUCUGUUUUCCAAGAACCUCAUUUAAAUAUACUUUUGAGAGAUUUAUCCGCUUAUAAACUCAUGAUCAGCAAUAUUUUUAGCGACGGAGCUGAAGAAUUAAUUCCGCCGCUUAUUUCUUUGGUUCAAAACGGCGAUGCACAAAUGUCUACGCGCGGUUUAGCAAUGAAAUUAAUCACUCGUAUUAUCAAAGUCUCUCCGGAUUAUUUUUUUGAACAAUCAGAUCAAAUUUUCGAUCUAUUUCUACAAUGUAUCUCACAAAUUGAUGAGACAUUCGACCCUACAAUCAGUCCAUUCGUUGAUUACUCACUUCAUAGCUUCGGAAUUGUAUCUUUAAGACAACUUGCCAAAAUUUACCAAGGUUACUAUCAGUUUUUCGCACAUGUUAUACAGAAAUUUGUUAAUCUGAUCGAAGAAGACACAUUUCAGUCGAUUUGUACAGCUUUUUUAUUCAUGGGAUGCAUCAGUGAUUACGUUACGGCUUUUCACGGCUGCUACUUCCCAAACGAGAACAUGGAUAUAUUUAUGGCAGCAUUUACAUCUGAAAAUGACGUGAUUCGAUAUGUUUCUCUUGAAACAUUUCGCGAAAUAUUAGAAGCCUUCUCCCACAUGUGGAGUAAGGCAUACAAGCUUAGUACUGAUGGUCUCAUAGAUGCACUCAUCCAGAUUUCAAGUGCUCAAACAUCUGUUCUUCUCACAAAAAUUUCAUUAGAAGUUAUUACUCAAUUAAUCACAUUAUUCCCAAAGUCAUUGCCCGAAUCAUGCAGUGGACUUGUCGAAUACCUGUUUAGUAUUGUAGAUACUGAUCACAUUGACGUAUUAAAUUCAAUAUUCAAAGCAUUAGCAAUAAUUGCAGCAACAUGCAAAGAAAAUUACCUCCCUUAUGCAGAUAGGACCCUAGAAAUCACCAGUGAAAUCAUUAAAGACGGUUUGGAAAGUUACGAUGAAAUUUCUUUCUUCGGAGCAAUACAGUUAUACGCUUCCUUGUUAUAUGUUCUUCCAUCCGAUAGAGGUUUGGAGUUCGCUGAUGGAUUCUUGAACUUGAUUGUCGAUCUUAUUAAUCAAAAUUUAUCUUUGACAAGUUUGAAUAUAAUAAGAGACACUUUUAUUAUCGUUAUGAAGACAUUUCCUGUAGCUUUUUCAAAGUAUUUCAAUGUGAUCUAUGAAACUUCUCUCAAAACAAUUUCAGAAGAUUAUUUGCCAGAUCACUUUGAUUUCAACACGAAUCGUGCGGAUUUAUUCGAGUAUGAGAUACGUAUUUCUGUCGAAGAAAACGAGCUGAUUUGCUACAAAAAGAACGACAUUACAAAAGUUAUUAUCGCAUUUGACAUUUUAAACAUACUUAGCGAGACAUGCCACGAACAGUUCAACGCACACAACACAGAUAUACUCGUAGCUAUCGUAGGAUUGCAUAACAAAUGUAUUUCUCAGUCGAUUAAUAAAUAUGUUAUAAUUUUCAUGCACAAACUACUGCCAACAUUCGAUCAAUCGUCAGAUAGUGGUAUACAGCGUGCGAUUCUUGCAAUGCAACAGAGCGCUCUCGCUUUUUCGACGUUAUCCAACAUAGAAAUUAUUUCUUCAGUAACAAUCUAUUUCGUAAGUAUGAUAGGGUAUUUCACGAAGAACUUUUCUAUACCGGACCAGUUCCUUUAUUUCCUUGUCGUUUGUUUGUUCAAACAAAUUGUUGAAUCUGUCCAACGCGAAAUGAGCAUUUACCAUCGCACAGACAGAGUAGAGCAGAACGAGCGUAAUCUUUCCGUGGAGAGCGCCAUCCAAUCCCAACUAAUGAAGGGAUUUAGAUCUUUAAUGUCCCAAAAUCCACCGUACGUAACUGCCGCUGUGACUCAGGAAUGCGAGAUGUUGGCAAACAACUCUAAAUCCCAUGUAAUAGCUGAUUUAAUACCCAUGGAAAUCUACGAUAUCGGAAAAGAUAAAAGAGUUAUCACUUCUUCGUACGAAUUCUGGGGUACAAUCGUUGCAAACUCUUCCGAUGAUGCUCUGUUCGAAUCGUUCAUCCAAUUCCUUCAUGAGUCAUUAAAACUCAAUUUAUAUCCAAUAGCUCAAGAUAUGCUCUCAAUUAUUACCCAUAUGUUGAAAAAGGUGACAGACCCUUCAAAAAUUUCAGUACUUUUAAACGUCUUUACUGAAGCUUUAGAAUUUCUGAAUGGCUCGAUCCUAUGGGCGAACAUCGUUGUUCCUGCUUGCAAAGUAACCCUGGGAUUCUUCGAUUCCAUUAGUGUUGACGUUUUUGCUGCUUGCAUCGCAGUUCAGAUCGGACAUUUCGAUAGUAUAGACAGACUUACCGAAAGACAGCGACAAAUAGUUUACCAGGCAAUAUCAAUGCUCAUUGAUUCCCCGAAUAUUGAUCAAAAUUCCAAAGAAACACUCAAAAUGUUCUCAAUUAGAAUCUCCCAGUAUUUAAUUUAG